CCGUGAGCUUUUACUACAAGCCAUAAAAAACAAAAAAUAAAGCGUGCAGAAGAGCUUGGAGAUAAGCUGCUGUGCCGAACGCCAAGGAUCUGAGAAAGCUGAAGGAGAAAAAGAGAGGAAAGAAAGAAAGAAAGCUGAAGGAGAAAAAGAGAGGAAAGAAAGAAAGAAAGCUGAAGCAGCAGCAGAUCCUCCUCAUACACCAUGUCUCUGGAGGUGAAGGAGAAGACUCAGGUGCGUCUGGUAUUCAUGGGAGCAGCCGGCGUAGGCAAGACGUCUCUGAUCCGGCGCUUCCUGGACGACUCAUUCGAGACCAAACACAGACGCACGGUGGAGGAGCUUCACAGCAAAGAGUACGAGUUCUCGGGCGUCAAGGUGAAGGUGGAGAUCCUGGACACGAGCGGCAGCUACGCCUUCCCGGCCAUGCGCAAGCUUUCCAUCCGCAACAGCGACGCCUUCGCGCUCGUCUACUCCAUCGAUGACGCCGAGUCUCUGGAGACGGUCAAGAAUCUGCGUGACGAGAUCCUGGAGGUCAAGGAGGACAAGCUGACGCCCAUCUUGGUGGUCGGGAACAAGAGCGACCGAGACGAGUGCAGGCAGGUGAACUCCGAAGACGUCCUGGCUAUGGUGGAGCUGGACUGGAACAACAACUACCUGGAGGCAUCAGCCAAGGAGAAUGAGCAUGUCGUGGAGGUGUUCAGGGAACUCCUCCAGCAAACCAACCUGCCUAGACGGCUGAGCCCAGCACUGAGACGGCGCCGAGAGACAUUUCCUAAAGACGCAGGAUUCAGGCCUCCAAUGAAUAAAACCAACAGCUGCACGGUGUCCUAACAUCACACAUGUCCAGGACCUCGUUUUUCUCCAGGAGGAAACAUCUGCAAGACAUCUGCAACACCUCCAUACCCCUCCCACUCGCUCUCUCUCUCUCUCUCUCUCUCUCUUACUCGUCUUGAUCUUCUCAGCAUCGUUCUUUCAGACAGGACAGAAAAACGACCCAGAUUGUGAACAGGUGAAAACAGGAAAAAACACUGAGCAAAGACUACACUACCCAGAAUUCCUCUCUGCCUCCUGACCACAGGUGAGAGAGGAAAACAAGAGAAUAAAUCUAGGUAAAGAACUGAACUUAAAGACUCUUAAAUGUGUUUUGUGCUGCUCCAGAAAAGACGUGUGAUCAAUGUGUGAAUAACGUUUUGUGUAUUUUUAUUUGUGUUGUUUGUCUCUUGCCAUAUUGAUGCAUAAAAAUGCGGUUCUUCCUGCGCAGACAGAGGCUCCUACAAAUCAACUGAUAAUCAGCGGUAUAAAGACUUAUUGACACAUUGCAGCAAAAGUUUUGGCACCCCGGAUAAACAUAUUCGACAUAUUAUAUAUUAAUAUCACAUAUUUUAUAUACGUACAAAUGAUCUAUGUUUUAAGACUGUUAUCGUUAUUAUGUUUACGCGAGAUAGAAGUAUAAAAGUGUGUCAAAAAACAAACCCUGUGCUGUCCACCAUUUGAUGAAGUUGUUGUUUUUGCACUAUUUUUUAAAGCAUAUGUAAAAUGUUCGUGUCUGUAUUUUUGUUUAGUUUUUUUUUACAUGAACUGUACAUGCAGGUAUGAAUGUGUUUUCAAGAAGAAAUAAACUCCUGAAAGUGUU